AUGAAUCAGAUGGGGAUCCUGAAAGGAGAUCGAGGAUCUAAGGGCAAACGUUCUGCACCUGGAAGCAUUCAUCGUUUGCAGACCAGGAUCAUGAAAUUUCAGAACAGCAGCGCGGAUGAACGACUUCAACAGGUGGAACAGGCUGAGUUGGAACUCGUCGAAGUUGUCGAAGAGGAUGGGGACGCCUUGCGCCGCUUGCUGAAUCGCUGCGUCGCGUGGUUGCGACCUGCCAAGUUUUGCCGAGGUGAUGCUGGAAUCCAGGGAAGCAUGGAAGAUGUCAACCUGUGGAAAUUGCAGCAUCGCAUUCGCAGGAUACUCAUCACGAUUUUGCGUCGUCUGGAUUUAGAUGAUGCUGUGACGUUUCAGCGAGUGGAGGUGGCCGUGCGCUACCUCCAGAGCUGUCUACCCAACUUGGAAGAUCGGCGGAGCAUUCGGAGCAUCCAGCAGUGGAAAAGCCUGUCCAAGCUGGUAGAAAGUGCGGCGCCAGGGUCGACCCGCAAGAGUUCCCGUGGUCAUUGCUUCAAGGGUCACUACGAACCCUCGGCGAACGUCCGCUCGGUGUCCAGCGUUUUUCGUGUCGACCUGCCUGUGAAGUUGCACUGCUCCGAGUGCGGCUUAACGUUGGUCAGCUGCUGGCGAUUUCAACAUCCCAGGACCAAGGUGGAGUCAGUGUUAGUGCCACGGCAGGGCCAUCAUGCUUGUGAGAAACGAUUAAAACGCAGAUGUAACUGGAGACUAUUGACUGGAAGAUGUUCAAUUUGUUUUGUGCAUUGUUGUCAUUAUCAUUGCUACUUUUCUUAUCUUUUCUUUAUAUCACGUUUUUCAAAAAAAACAUCAGAAUCGGGAGUUUGCGGGAUGCAUCCCAUACGGGGAACAGUUAACAGUUUUUUUUCCGGCAGGGUGCCUUGUUAUUUCGAGGCAAAUGGAUGGCACCCGAUGGAUGUAAGUUAAAAGUGGACCAUCAUCCUCACCUGUUGUUUUGCAUCCAUCAGCGCUUGAAAAUCCAAUGCAUUCCUUGUGGCGGCCAAAGAGUUUGCCCUCACGGACGGCAGAAGACUGAAUGUAAAGAGUGCAAAGGUUCAAGGAUUUGUCCGCACAAUCGUUUCAAAGAUCGUUGCAAGGAGUGUCUUUCAACCCGACGCCCCAGGGGCCCUAGGGGCUCCAGACUUUUGGCAGUCGCUUUUCGCAGAUAGACACUGGGUGUCCCAAAGUGGAUCCCGGUGCUGAUUUUAUUUGGUCAAACCUGCGGUCUGGCCGUUGGAUUUUGUUUAGUGAGUUUAAGAUGGAACAUGCUUGGAAAGGAUGC